CCCACCAAGGCUGGCCCAUGUGAGCUCUUCCAGGAAGUGAGGCUGUGCUGUCCUGAAGACGGGCCGGGCAGCUGGCGGCCUGGAGAUUUUGGAAUGAUCACUAAUGGGCAAGGAGUUUGAGUUCCUGAGGAUAUUUGCCGGUCAGUCCUGGCUGAGUCUCAGCAUUUCUCGGCAGAACCCAUUGAGAAGAAGGAAGAAGACAACAACAUGAGGAAGAAGAGGGAGCAGCCAAGAGAACGGUUCCAUGCCUGGGACUGCCCUCACGGCCUAGUUGGUUUACACAACAUUGGACAGACCUGCUGCCUUAACUCCCUGAUUCAGGUAUUGAUUAUGAACGUGGGCUUCACCAAGAUAUUGAAGAGGAUAACAGUGCCAAGGGGAGUGGAGGAGCAGAGGAGAAGUGUCCCCUUUCAGCUGCUCCUGCUGCUGGAGAAGAUGCAGGACGGACGGCAGAAAGCAAUACGGCCCAUGGAGCUCGCCUGCUGUCUCCAGAAGUACAACGUACCACUGUUUGUCCAGCAUGAUGCUGUUCAACUCUACCUCACAGUCUGGAACCUAAUUAAGGACCAAAUCACUGACGUGAACUUGGUGGAGAGGCUACAGGCCCUGUAUACGAUCCGGGUGAGGGAGUCCUUGGUUUGCCUCGAAUGUACUGUGGAGAGCAGCAGAAACAGUAGCAUGCUGACCCUCCCCCUUCCUCUUUUCGAUAUGGACUCAAAGCCCCUGAAAACACUGGAGGAUGCACUUCGCUGUUUCUUCCAGCCCAGGGAGUUAUCAGACAAAAGCAAGUUCUUCUGUGAAAACUGUGAGAAGAAGACCUGUAGGAAACAGGUCUUGCAGCUGACCCAUUUGCCCCAGACCUUGACAGUCCACCUCAUGCGGUUCUCCGUCAGGAAUAUGCGGACAGAAAAAAUCUGCCACUCACUGUAUUUCCCCCAGAGCUUGGAUUUAAAUCAGGUCCUUCUGACUGAGCGAGAUGCCUGUGAUGCUGAGGCACAGCCUGGAGGACAGUAUGAACUCUUUGCUGUGAUUGCCCAUGUGGGGAUGGCUGGCUUUGGUCAUUACUGUGCCUAUAUCCGGAAUUCUGUGGAUGGAAAAUGGUUCUGCUUCAAUGACUCCAAUGUUUGUGGGGUGUCCUGGGAAGACAUCCAGUGUACCUAUGGAAAUCAUAACUACCGCUGGGGGGAAAUUGCUUAUCUUCUAGUUUACAUGAAGAUUGAGUCUUAAUGGAUGUGCCCUAAACCUCCAGAGACUGACGAAGUAUCAUUUACCUUUUCUGUUCCUGGAUCUGCUCUUAAGAGAUUUUGCAAUGAGGAGAAGCAUCGUUUUCAAGUU